CUGAUCGUGAUGGUUAUGCAAUGCAUAUCCACUGUUACAUACUCCUUCCUCAUCAACGGCUCGCCUAGAGGAAGAGUUACUCCGACCAGAGGCAUCCGCCAAGGCGAUCCUCUCUCACCAUACAUAUUUAUAUUGUGUAGUGAAGUUUUGUCGGGGCUAUGUAACAGAGCACAAGAAGACGGUUCUAUACAAGGUAUCGCUGUGGCUCGGGGGUGUCCCCGUAUAAACCACCUGCUCUUUGCGGACGACACCAUGUUUUUCCUCAAAGCAACUAAGGAAAGCGCGAUAUCAUUGAAGAACAUCAUCACCCGAUAUGGAGACGCAUCAGGUCAAACCAUAAACUGUGAGAAAUCGUCAAUUACCUUCUCCAAAAAGGCUCCCGCCUCGCUCAAGGAUGCAGCGAAAACAGUGCUUCAAAUCAGCAAAGAAGGGGGAGUAGGGAAGUAUUUGGGCCUGCCGGAACAUUUCGGACGGAAAAAACGUGACAUCUUCGCUUCGAUCGUCGACCGAAUCAAGCAAAAGGCGAAGUCCUGGUCCACAAAGCAGUUAUCAACGGCUGGGAAGUUGGUAAUGAUUCAAAGUGUGCUAUCGGCGAUGCCGUCACAUGCCAUGACAUGUUUUGAGUUACCCGUAUCACUCUUGAAACGCAUCCAAUCUGCCAUAACUCGUUUUUGGUGGGAGGAUAAGGUGGAUAAAAAGAAAAUGGCGUGGAUAUCUUGGGACAAACUAGCCAAACCUAAAGCUCGAGGUGGAUUAGGCUUCAAAGACUUCAAGAGCUUCAAUGAAGCUCACCUUGCAAAGAUCAGCUGGCGCAUACUGCAAAACCCUUCCUGCCUGCUGGGAAAAAUCCUACUUGGGAAGUAUUGCUCCUCACAGAACAUACUGGAGUGCUCAGCACCCUCUUCAAGUUCCCAUGGUUGGCAUAGCAUACUGGUAGGAAGAGAUCUACUAAAGCAAAAUCUCGGCUGGGUCAUUGGAAACGGACAAUCAGUCAACAUCUGGUCAGACCCGUGGCUAGACCUGUCGACGCCAAAACGCCCUAUGGGACCAGCACCAGAACGGUUCACGGACAGCCUUGUAGCGGACCUUUUGGCUACCGAACCAGGAACGUGGGACAUACAUAAGAUUCGAGAAAUUAUUCCCAACAUGGAAGAAGACAUCUUACGUAUAAAACCAAGCUUACUCAGUCAACCAGACAAACUCAUAUGGUUAGGCAGUAAGUCAGGCAACUACUCCACAAAGUCUGAAUACACCAUAGCAUUAAACUCCUCCUCUGAUGCACAAACAAGGACGCAAGAGGAAAGUCCACAAUGGUACAAAAAUGUCUGGAACCUCAAUACGACACCUAAAGUGAAGAUGUUUGCUUGGAAAGCACUUAAAGGAGCUAUACCAGUAGGAGUGCGCCUGGUUGAGAGGCAUAUUAAUGUCGACCCAAGCUGCAAGAGGUGCAGCCAACCCGAGUCUAUCAUUCAUCUUCUCUUUCAUUGUGUUCAUGCACAACAGGUAUCGGAACUCGCUCCCCUAAUUGGAAACUUUGAUUUUAGAGGAAUGAUAGAUUUGAGGAUGAGUUGGCCUGUGUUAUGGGCGCUACCUAGUGCCCCACCAACCGGAAUAGUAGUAGGACAGCUUGUUCCAUGGGUGAUGUGGGCUUUGUGGAAGGACAGGAAUAAACUUUAUUUUGCUGGUAACUCUGUUUCCCCUGCGGAUACUCUGCUAUCAGCAAUCACCGCAGCAAGAGAAUGGUCAACUAAUCAAAGUAGCGAGAAGGUUUCUUCUCCAAAAAAACGUUUGUACACUCCCCCAAACAUCCAGACAAACGCUGUCUGUGUGCGCUCAGAUGCAGCGUGGAGAGCCCUAGAUAAUGUUGCCGGACUGGGAUGGACAGUGACAGACGCAGGGCAAACACUAUCCUUCCAAACUCGAACACGGUCGGUGAGCUCACCCCUUCUUGCGGAAAGUUUGGCUCUUCGAGAUGCCCUUCUCUGCUGCAAGUCAAAGGAAUUCACUUCUCUAAGAUGCGAAUCGAACUCAUAUGAGCUUAUCAAAGCUAUCAAUACCAAGGAACCGAUUGCAGAGCUGCAUGGAUCGCUCUCAGACAUUCACGCUCUUGUUUCCUCCUUCUCUUCUGUAUCUUUUAAUUGGAUCCCCCGAGAUCUCAACCUUGUUGCUGAUAAACUUGCAAAGGAUGCUGUGCUGUUAGGUAACAUGGAGAAUGGAGACAAAGCUUGUGAUGGGUAUCACAAGUACAAGGAAGAUGUGCAGCUGAUGGUUGAAACUGGCUUAGAGGCAUUCAGAUUCUCCAUCUCUUGGUCUAGGCUUACACCCAAUGGAAGAGGUUCUGUUAACCCAAAGGGUUUACAGUUCUACAAGAAUUUCAUCCUUGAACUUGUAUCCCAUGGAAUUGAACCACAUGUUACACUGUACCAUUACGAUCAUCCUCAGCAACUCGAGGAUGAAUAUGGAGGAUGGCUCAACCGCAGAAUUAUAAAAGACUUUACAGCUUAUGCAGAUGUUUGCUUCAGAGAGUUUGGGAACCACGUAAAAUUCUGGACCACAAUAAACGAGGCUAAUAUAUUCACUGUAGGAGGUUACGACGGUGGGAAUACACCGCAUGGUCGUUGUUCUACCUGCUUGUCAGGCAACUCAUCGACUGAACCAUAUAUCGUAGCCCAUAACUUGCUUCUUGACCACGCCUCUGCUUCAAGGCUAUACAGACAAAAGUACAAGGAUACACAAGGAGGUUCUGUAGGCUUUAGCAUAUUUGCAAUAGGAUUUAGACCUAGUACAAACUCCAAGGAUGAUGAAAUGGCAAUCCAAAGAUUCAAAGAUUUCUUCUUCGGCUGGAUGCUGGGGCCUCUUACAUAUGGAGACUAUCCAGAAGGAAUGAAAAGAAUACUAGGAACAAGACUGCCAGUUUUCACAAAGAAAGAAUCAGAACAAGUUAAAGGCUCCUCUGACUUUGUAGGGGUCAUUCACUAUCUUGCUGCUUCUAUCUCAAACGCCCAAUCCCAACCUUCUCUUCCAGGGAACUCUGCUUUUUUUACAGACAUAGGCGCGUCUUUGACAUACUCUGGUAACUUCUCAGCUUUCGAGUAUGAAGUUGCUCCAUGGGCUAUGGAAGUGGUCCUGGAGUAUAUAAAGCAGAGCUAUGGCAAUCCUCCUGUCUACAUUCUUGAGAAUGGUAAACCGAUGAAGCAAGAUUUGCAGCUACAAAAGAAGGACACGCCAAGGAUUGAGUUUUUAGAUGCUUAUAUUGGCGCUGUGCUCAAAGCCGUUAGGAAUGGAUCAGACACGAGAGGUUACUUCGUGUGGUCGUUUAUGGAUUUGUAUGAGUUGCUAAGCGGAUACAAGUUUAGUUUUGGAUUGUACUCUGUGAAUUUCAGCGAUCCUCAUCGCAACAGAUCUCCCAAACUCACUGCUCAUUGGUACUCUGCUUUCCUCAAGGGCAACACCACCUUUCUUGGCUCCCAAGGCAUCACGCAAUGUGCAAUGUUGAAACUGGAAACUCAUUCUGGGCCACGUAACGUUGAAAGCGACCAUGCAAGUUUUAGAAGCAGAGUUGCAUGGUCUGGCAACUUAAAAAGAAAAAUAAAUUUUUGAGGAUUGAAUCCA